AUGUUCCGAGAGUUGACUAAACGAGAUCCACGAUUGACAACUGGGGAAGGACUACGAAGACUCUUCGACGAGAUCGAUGAAGGAAAUGUUAAAACGCAAGAAGAGCUUCUGGAACGGUUGUUCCAUACUGCUGAACUUGAGGAACACAUCGACAAUGCCGGUGGUAUUACGCCGGAGGACGAGGACGUUUUUGUUGAGCAUAUGAGAAACACAGUCGCAUCUGGUGACAUGGAUGAUCUCUCAGGAACCAAAGCUGAACGUCGAGCACCUAGAUCAAAUCUCAGCAAGCUCGACAGCUUUGUGGAGUAUCUUCUCCAGAAGAUAAACCAACAAUGGCUGUCUCUGAUAUACGCUGAAGCCAUUCCAUCAAGUGCAAACUCUUGUGUUCAUAUGCCUGGUACAGUUUGUGAGCUUGCCAUCGUUGUUCCUGCUGCUGCCAGUGGUCAUCGCUUAUGUUUCGUUCUUCUUGAUGGUUUAUUUUACAUUGAAGAUGUUUCACAACAAAAGGAGUCAUAUUUUAUCACUGACAACAACUGGGAGCCAUACAUCAACUUUGCACUCUCGGUAUCGUUAUUCAUCCUAUCAGUUGGUGCAGCGAACAGACGGUUGCCUUACUGCAGUCUUGCAUGUGGAAUCUCCUCAUUCUUUGCGUUGGUGACUCUUCCCGUCAUCCUGUCGCGUAUGCACUUUGCUGCAGGGAAUUGGCGAAUCUGGCGUCCGUUGGUCCAGUUCAGGGUUGGUUACUUGGUCGCCAGUCUGGGAAUUCCAUCGUUAUGGCUGUGUACAAUCCUCGUUUACAUCUUGAUGGCAUCGAAAAGGAAGACAUGGACUGAUGUACUACAUGCUGUGGUUCCCCAU